AUGUUGCGUGGCAUUCAUAUUUUAUUCAUCACCUAUAUGUUGACUGUUGGGGUUUCCGGUUGGGAUUCCAUGGAUUUGCAAAUGUUUGAUCUGAUAGAAGAAGUUAAAACGAGCUUCUACGACUACUUGGGAAGUGCCACUAUUAACGAAAUUCGUCGAGCCUACCGGAAAUUGUCUGUUUCAAUGCACCCCGAUAAAAACCAUGAUGAUCCCGAUGCUGAUGCAAAAUUUCGUCAGCUUGUUGGUGUAUAUGAAAUUCUGAAAGAUCCGGAAACACGCCAGAGGUAUGACGACGUGCUUGUAAAUGGUCUACCGGAUUGGAAGACUACCGUUUAUUACUAUCGAAAGCUUCGCAGAAUGUCCAAUCUAGAACUGUUUGUGCUAUUUUCCGUACUGUGUACCGUUGUGCACUACGCCGUGCUUUGGGGCGUUCGUUUCGAAAAAUCCACAUUGUUGAAACGUCAUAAAGCUCGCGAUCGCAAGCGAGAACAAAUCGAUUUGCAAAUUGCCGAACAGUUGAAUAAAAUCCCCAAACCGAAAUGGCACGAUAUCUUGCCAUUCGCGAUUUGUAAAGGAGUUUAUAGUUUUAUCGCAUUUCUACCAACCUUGCUCUCAUUCUUCAAAGGACAAAUCUCUGAGAAAAUCGAGGAACGGCGACAGCUUCAUCGGGAACUUGUUGGUAAGCAUAGAAAAUGUUUAGCUAUACGUUAUCUUCCUUCGAUCCUUGUUGCGUUAUUUCUUCUACCUCGUCAAUCUAUCAGCAUAAAUUUAGACUUCAUAGGCUGUCUAGGUAAAUCGAAGGCAAUUUAUGUAAACGUUCCUGGGUACGAUAUAGAAAAAUACAGUUAUUGCUCUGAGUGA